AUAAGAACAUAGAGUCAAAGUUUUUUCGGCAAUGCACUUGAUAAAAAUCCCACCAUGAAGACUAAAAAGUUAUCUUGAUAUCUCUCUGGUUUUUCCCCAUUGUGAAACGAGGGCUUUUUUUAUAGGCGUCUUUCAAAUGUAAAUCUACCGGAUAACACUGCUGAUGUGCCAACGAUAUCCUCGAAAAACAAAGUGAACGAGCCUGAAGUGAGCGCCAGUAUAACUCCGUCCUGCUUCUAUGAACAUGGCCCAGAUGAACCAACCCACCGACCACGUGGUUGGUUUUGCAAAUCCCAGAUUUGUUUUGAUGAACGGCUCAUAUUGGAAUUCCAAUGUAACAAGGAGAUGUAUUCAAGGACAAGCUUGUCUUGAAGAAUUUCGAGAUAUUCUGCUCGAAUGGUUUCAAGAUCGAAUGAAACCCAAAGAACCCAUAUAUCGUCAUCCAGACAACGAACCUACACAUCUUAAAGAAAAGGGUUCCCUGGAAGUUUUGAAAUUUGCUCAUUUCUCCUAUUAUUACCUUGCAAACGGAGCAAAAAAAUCGCAUAAUCCUACCAAUUUCAAGAAAGCUAUGGAAAUACUAAAGGAAAUGAGAAACCAAUUGACUCACGAGGUCCUUUCAUGGAAGAUUACUGAUUUUACAAUUUUCUUGGAGGCAAUGAAAAAUGCUUCAAAUUCUUUGGUUGAAUCCGGUCACCAUAACGACGCUUUGAAAAAUCGUCUAGAAGACUUCAUUAGUAAAUGUAAAAAGGAAAUCGAUAAUAUUAAGGACUUUCCGCACUUGUAUUAGCUACUCAUGUGGCUUAUAAUAAAUACUAAC